AACCAGUUCACCUUCGGUCUCGGUCAGUGAGUGCCGCGCAGUCGAGCAAUCGGUCGUUUCGCGGAUUCGUGUUACGCAUAAAGUGAGUGACUUUUGAGAAUAUAUCUCUGUGAAAUCAUUCGUUCAAUCAAAAUUAAGAUGGCGUCCGACAAGCUCUUGAUCCUUCUAUCAGCGAUAGCGCUAGCGAGCGGUGAUGUGUCACAUAUUCUAGAAGAUCCAAGCACGGAACCACCGCCGCCACUACCUUACUCUUUCUCUUACACUGCGGGCAGGUUCCCCGGACACGCUGAUAGACAGCACUCUGAAGUCAGCGACGGAAGUGGUGUUGUUAAAGGCUCCUUCUCCUACGUGGAUCCUCGACAAAAGGUCCGCACAGUGGACUAUGUAGCAGACAGGGAGGGUUUCCACCCCGUGCUCAGCGAUGUGCCUCCUGAACAUCCCACCGACUCGGAGUCCGUAGCCCAGGCUAAGGACAGGCACUUCCAACUGUACGCUAGAAUAGCUGAAGAGCACGCACAUCCUGAAAAUGUUGUACAAUCAGUACCUCGUCAAACGGAGGCAGUAGCGGCUGCGGCGGCCAAACACGCGCAGCUGUUUAGAGUGAUCGCGGAGCAGCACGCGCGCAUCGCGGCGGAGAGGGAGGCGCUACAGAGGGAGGAAGAAGAGAGGCAACACUUGCAGGAGUUGCAGGAAAUAGGACAUUAGAAGAACUCCAAAGAACCGGCUCUCGUACGCUCGAUUACUGCAGAUAUUCUGACAAUCUUAGAUUGAAUUUAGCGAGGAAUUAAUAAUUUGAUAAACUCUCUGAUUGAAUUGCACAAUAUGCUUUUAGAAUACACAAUUUCCUUGUUAUCUUGGCAAAAUAAGUAUUUAAUUAAAAUAGUUGCAGAGUGUAAAAUCUGUUAAUUUUAGAUUAAAAGUUUUUGUCAACUAAUCCAAACAUUGAGGAAUCUUUUUAGUGUAAUAUUUAAUCGUAAUUAACUAAUAUCCCUUUUACUCCCUUCUAUUUUUAUCUUAUAAAAUAAUGGUGGGAAGUGGUGUUAAAGAGUAAUAUAAUGCUACAGUAAAAAGUACUUUUUUUAUUAGUAUACUAAGGUUCAAUUUUGGUCAACAAAAAAUAAGAUUGCUAUAGAUGCAAAUUUUCAAUCAUUUUGUCAACAUGUCGGCAGUGGUCUGAGUGUAAUCAUGACUUUUAAUUAUUCUGUGAUCGCCGAACUCAAGAUAUAGACCUACAAGGAUCAAGCAUUUGGCAAUUUUCACUUAUAAUGUCAUCUGGAAAGCGUCAUUUGACCAACGGAGGAGCGGCAACACCGAGGGAGGAUGUCGCCGUUUUUAUUUUCGAAAUACUAUUGAAAAAAAACAGCAUACAAGUUUAGUUUUGUUUUCAACAUGGGAGAUUUAAGAAAGUCGGGAAUUUUUAGUUUACUGGUAACUUUAAAAAUUAGUACGUGCCCCCUGUCAAUGUCAAAAAAGUGCCAUAAGAUCCUUGUACGUCUAUAUUGCCAAAAGUCUGUAUUUCUGUGUACUCUAUUGACCUUUAUAAGACAGGUCGUGGUAUUUUGUGCCUAUUUGAUUUACGCCAUUAUGUCGUUGGACAACUAAAGUGUAGUGUGCACCUCCAUAUAUGCUUAUAGGAAUAAAAGCGAGACUAAACAGUUAUGCGAUAGUUUAGUCAAAGGAGUGCGCGCUAAAUACUUGAUUUGUACUGUAAAUUAGGAUUUUAAAUUCUCAUUUUAUGAUUUUAAAUGUAACUUUUGUUAAUAUAUUUUAUUAUGUGUAUAUCUACAAAACUCGACGGCCAUAAUAAUGAUUAAAUUUUUAAUGAAUUU